AGAAGAAGAAAGCAACGCAAAAUAACUCUGACAAUAAUGCUUCACUUUCUCUACAUCCAUUGUCGUUACCGACUUUAGUUUUGGCCCCAUUUUCCCAUCAAAGAAAGCGAGAGAAAAUUGCAGAGCGUUUCUCGGCAACCAAACAGCCCAAAACGUCUCCACAUUUGUUAAAUGGAGGAAGAAGAGAAAAAGGAGAAAAGACCACUAGACCUCAAUUGGGAAACACUUUUACCCAGCCAAGAUGAUGAGCCUCCCCUUGUACUGGUCGUGGAGCAAGAGUCUCCGACGAUCGAGGAACCACAGCAGCAGCAACAGACUCAGAGGGACGAUGUCGAAUACAAGACCGAUCACGAACUCAACGAGUUGAUUUCUAGACAGAGUAUUCACGUCGAAUCCCUUGGCCCCAAAUUGCCUGAUAAAGGCGCAAAGCUUAGGGCCAAUCUCCAGCGCCUCAUGGACGAAAGGGAGCGCCGAAAACUAUGCCGUGUGGAAAAGGAUGCUGAUAUAUGUGAGAAGCCCACACAAUCCCAUAACUCAAGUUUUUGUGGUGCAUCUGAAGGCUCUAGGCAAGUGACUCCAUCAUCUCAAGCUCAUCCACAGUCCUCAUUUGCUUCACAUCUUCGCAGAAUGAUGGAUGAAAAUGAGGCAGAUUGUAGGACUGUUGAUGCAUUUGACAAGGAACUACUGCAAUUACGACGUUGUGACCGCCGGAAAAUGAAAAUGAAUGGACAACAUUCGCAUAGGGGGAGACAAAGGACUCGACAAUCUUUAAGAGAAGCAUCUAUUCAAUCCUCUAGUAGUAUUUCUCUUGAUAGAGAUAAAAAUAUUUGUUCAAAUGGUGACCGGAAGGGUAGAGCUGCUUCCACUUGUUCUCUUCGCCACUUGAGCGAAAACUUGCCAGUCUGUUCCCCCAAGAAGAGGAGUGCUUCUCAAGUCCUUCCUUCAAAUGAUUCCAGGCAGAGGAAGGGACAGACUGUAGUUCUUCUAGAUGAGGAGGAACCUCAGCUUAUAGAAACAAAUCAGCAAGCAACCAAAAUAACAGAACGUAUGAAAGAGACUAAGAUCUACUAUCCUUCAAGGGAAGAUCCAGAAUCUGUUGAAAUUUUGUACUCAGACAUAGCUUGCCUUGCUCCUCAAGCCUAUUUGACAUCACCUAUCAUGAAUUUUUACAUCCAACUGAUGAUUGAUUUGGUUAGGUAUCUGCAGCAGCCAGUGUCUCCAACAGAUAGGGCACCGUGUAAUUAUCAUUUUUUCAAUACAUAUUUCUACAAGAAGCUUAAAGAGGCUUUAUCAUACAAGGGGAGUGACAAGGAAACUUCUUUUAUUAAGUUUAGAAGGUGGUGGAAGGGUGUAAAUAUAUUUGAGAAGGCAUAUAUUCUUCUUCCAAUACAUCAAGAUCAUCAUUGGAGCUUGGUGAUCAUUUGUAUCCCAGACAAGGAAGAUGAAGCAGGGCCGAUCAUACUUCAUUUGGAUUCAUUGGGUUUGCACUAUAGUAGACCAAUUUUUGAUGAUAUUAAAAGCUACUUGAAAGAAGAAUGGAAGUAUCUGAAUCAAGAAGCAGAUUCUGCUGAUCUUCCUAUUGCUGACAGAAUAUGGAAACAUCUCCCUCGCAGGAUUGAGGAGAAAGUAAUUGCGGUUCCCCAACAAAAGAAUGACUAUGAUUGUGGUCUCUUUGUACUUUUCUUCAUGGAGCGGUUCAUUGAAGAGGCCCCUGAAAGGCUGAAAAAGAAGGAUUUAGCAAUGUUUGGAAAGCAGUGGUUCAAACCUGAAGAAGCAUCUGGUUUGAGAGUGAAAAUCCAAAAUUUACUGAUGAAAGAAUUGCAGAAUGCAAGUGAGAAUAACUAAAAUUUGGAAACAUUGCCUAUCUUCAGAUGGUGCAUCGGGAUUUUUGAUGUAAAAUCGAAAAUCCUGGAAUCGGGUCUGCCAUUUGAUGUACAGCUGGGAUUGUUGACAUGGACAUCGUUUCUCACCUUCAGCCAUUAGUUGUACCAAUGGUGGCUCCGGCAUACAAGAACAUUUUUCCCAAGUUUUACAUGGUCUUGAAGUUGGCUGAGACGCCAUUCCUACAGGAGACCGAGUGCCAGUCAGUUUGGGACUUCAAGCACCAAGUCCCUGUAGAAUUGUUUCAUCCAGUGUAUAUGAGGAAUUUGGAACCGGUGCUGAUUUUUAACACAAGUGUCCUCCAUGUAUGUUCUCUUUAGUUUCACUUUUUCCCUUGGAGGAUGGAUGUAAGAUGAUGUUUUAUAGAUUGCCUUUCCAUCACAACAACACAAAAAUGCUUUGCUAACUAUAAUACAUUUUAUGGAAACCACAAUUUCUUGUUAUA